UCUGAUGACCGGGAUUCCAAGCGGGAUUCCCUGGAGGAGGGGGAGCUGAGGGACCACCGCAUGGAGAUAACGAUAAGGAACUCGCCGUAUAGAAGAGAGGGCUCCAUGGAGGACAGGAAAAGCCUGAGCGUGUGUUCCUUUCUUUGUGAUCAUUCUGCAGUGAAGUGAACACCAUUCACGUGGUACAUGUAAAGAAUUCUGCUGUAUGUUUGUGAUGAUUUGUAUAAUUACUGUCUAAAAUUAUCUACAAAUAAACCAAAGUAGCUGCUGAAAGAUACUUGGAGCAAGGCCUUGAUACAGAAACGGUCCUACCGAGGUCUGUAUGUUCUGACGUUUCUUCCCGUGCUGUGCUUUCUCCUCACUUGUUUUCUUCUCAUGUCCAUCAUCAAGCAGUUAAAAACAACAUAACCAGAAAUUAAGGCAAAAAGGCAUAGGGUGUGAAUUCUUCCAAGAUUUUGGUUAUAUAAUCAGUUGAAAAUAUUGUUAAAUGACCUUUUGAGAUCAUUAAGUUUGAUUAAAAUUGUGGGACCUUUUUUAACAACUUUAUUAUGGUGUGAAUGACAAACUGCACAGAUUUCAGGUGUGUGGUUUGAUACGUUGUUAUAUACCUGUAAGCUCUCCCCACGACCAAGAUCAUGAAUACCCUAAAAGUUCCUCAGAGAGGCCUUUCUGUUCCAUGUUUCACAUUGAUUCCCCACUUAACACUUUCCAUCUGAAUCUGUAUUUAAUAUACAGUUUCGGCUUAGGUUUCAUAAUGAACAUCAUCUUUUAGCUGAUGGUUGAGGUUCACCUGUCUGUUCUGAACCCGUCAUCUCUCUGGGUUGAAGACACUCCACGAUACCCCGGUGCUCCUCACAUUACUUUCUCAGGCGUGAUGUAAUGCUGUGGUGUCUUAUUUCAGAGGAGAGGAAGAUGAUUCUUUGGCUAUCAAACCACCCCAGCAAAUGUCUCGGAAAGAAAAAGCUCAUCACAGGAAAGAUGAAAAGAGAAAAGAGAAACGUAGGCAUCGUAGUCAUUCCACAGAAGGGGGGAAGCAUGCCAGAGUGAAGGAGAAGGAGAGAGAGCACGAGCGCCGUAAACGGCACCGAGAAGAGCAGGAUAAGGCCCGGCGGGAGUGGGAGCGACAGAAGCGGAGGGAGCUGGCGCGGGAGCACUCCCGGAGGGAGAGGGACCGUCUCGAGCAGCUAGAAAGGAAGCGAGAACGGGAGCGCAAGAUGCGGGAGCAGCAGAAGGAGCAGAGGGAGCAGAAGGAGCGGGAGCGGCGGGCCGAGGAGCGACGCAAGGAGCGGGAGGCCCGGCGGGAAGUGUCUGCACAUCACCGGACAGCGAGAGAGGACUAUGGCGACAAGGUGAAACCCAGCCACUGGAGUCGGAGCCCACUCCGGCCGCCUCGAGAGAGGUUUGAGCUCGGGGACAGCCGGAAGCCAGUAAAAGAAGAGAAAGUGGAAGAGAGAGACCUGCUGUCCGACCUGCAGGACAUCAGCGGCAGCGAGAGGAGGACCAGCUCAGCGGAGUCCUCGUCAGCGGAGUCAGGGUCCGGUUCCGAGGAGGAGGAGGAAGAGGAAGAAGAGGAGGAGGAGGAGGAGGAGGAGGAGGGGAGCAGCAGCGAAGAGUCGGAGGGGGAGGAGGAGGAGGAGGAGGAGGAGACCGGAAGCAACUCCGAGGACGCAUCCGGACAGUCAGCCGAGGAAGUGAGUGAAGAAGAAAUGAGUGAAGAGGAGGAGCGAGAGAAUGAAAACCACGUCUUGGUUGUUCCAGAGUCACGAUUUGACCGCGAUUCUGGAGAGAGCGAAGAGGGGGAAGAGGAGGUGGGCGAGGGCACCCCCCAGAGCAGCGCCCUCACCGAGGGGGACUUCGUGCCCGACUCCCCAGCCCUGUCACCCAUCGAGCUCAAACAGGAGCUGCCCAAGUACCUGCCAGCCCUGCAGGGCUGUCGGAGUGUGGAGGAGUUCCAGUGCCUGAACAGGAUUGAAGAAGGCACUUACGGGGUGGUGUACAGAGCGAAGGACAAGAAAACAGAUGAAAUCGUGGCUCUGAAGCGGCUAAAGAUGGAGAAAGAGAAGGAAGGCUUCCCGAUCACAUCGCUGAGGGAGAUCAACACCAUCCUCAAGGCGCAGCAUCCCAACAUCGUCACCGUCAGGGAAAUCGUCGUGGGCAGCAACAUGGACAAGAUCUACAUCGUGAUGAACUACGUGGAGCACGACCUCAAGAGCCUCAUGGAGACCAUGAAGCAGCCCUUCCUGCCGGGAGAGGUGAAGACCCUAAUGAUCCAGCUGCUGCGUGGAGUGAAGCACCUGCACGACAACUGGAUCCUGCACCGAGACCUCAAGACGUCCAACCUGCUGCUGAGCCAUGCCGGCAUCCUCAAGGUGGGGGACUUCGGGCUGGCGCGGGAGUAUGGGUCCCCUCUGAAGGCCUACACCCCGGUGGUCGUGACCUUGUGGUACCGUGCCCCCGAGCUGCUGCUCGGCGCCAAGGAGUACUCCACGGCCGUGGACAUGUGGUCGGUGGGCUGCAUCUUUGGGGAGCUGCUGACUCAGAAGCCGCUGUUCCCUGGGAAGUCGGAAAUCGAUCAGAUCAACAAAGUGUUCAAGGACCUGGGGACCCCCAGUGAGAAAAUCUGGCCCGGCUACAAUGACCUCCCCGCAGUCAAGAAGAUGACCUUCACCGAGUACCCGUAUAACAACCUCCGCAAGCGCUUCGGGGCUCUGCUCUCAGACCAGGGCUUCGACCUCAUGAACAAGUUUCUGACCUACUUCCCUGGACGGAGGGUCAGCGCAGAGGAUGGCCUCAAGCACGAGUAUUUCCGCGAGACCCCCCUCCCCAUCGACCCCUCCAUGUUCCCCACAUGGCCCGCCAAGAGCGAACAGCAGAGGGUGAAGCGGGGCACCAGCCCCCGGCCCCCAGAGGGAGGCCUGGGCUACAGCCAGCUGGGUGACGACGACCUGAAGGAGACGGGCUUCCACCUCACAACCACGAACCAGGGGGCCUCGGCCGCGGGCCCAGGCUUCAGCCUCAAGUUCUGAGGCUCAGAGCUGACCCCGGACCCACCUUGGGGAGCGCCAACCGCUGAGGCCCAGCUGGGACAGCGGCAGACACUGGAGGCGACGUCUGGGUCCAGACCCCCGUCCUGCCCUGAUCAGGUGCCGCCACUGCCACGGGGCUGCCGUGGACGCGACCUCAAGCCUAGGACUGGCUGCUGGCCUCGUGGGGUUUUCCAUGUUUUCACUUUAUCUUGGUUUGUAAAUUUGUAGAAUUAAAUCACGUUUUCCUUGCCGUGG